AUGUCGAAUAACAACAAUAAUGAUAGUAUGGAAGUAGAUAUCAACUACGAUAUAAUUUAUGAGAUCGUUAAGAAAAACCCUAAGGAUAGAUCUCCAGACAAUAUAAAGUAUUUGAUGCGCUUGCCUGUUGAUAUUUUAAGGGAAUCUAUAAAUCCUUAUGCAUAACUUUAUGCUAGAUACUUUGAAUUCGAAGAGCAUAAGCAAAAUAAAUAAAUAUUUGCUUCAAAAUAGAGGAAGAAUGGGGUUUAUUGGAUUAUCGAGGGGUAAUUUGCUGUAUACAACAAAAAGAACAUCAUAAUUAGAGCUUACAAAAACUUAGAUUAUUUGAGCUAGAAUGAUAUUAUGAAUGAAUUUGAAGACUUUUAGGAGGUGAGAGCUCUCGAGAAUACUAAGCUCGGAUAUAUUUCAGAUAGGACCAUAACUGAAAUCAUAGAGCCUUUGAAAAAAGAAGCUAGAUGGUAACUUCAUGAUUUUUUAUCGUGCACACCUUUGCUUUGUACUUGGACCUUUAAUCAAAUAAAAUUUUUGCUGACCUUUUUUAAUACUUUAACUUUCGGUAAAAACUCUUAUGUAUUUCAAGAAAAGCAAGAGAGCACUGCAGUCUACUUUGUUAAAGACGGUAUAUUUGAUAUUAGAAAAAAUUUUAGUGGAGCUGCUGAUUAUGAUGAUAUAGUAUCAAAAGAAGGUAUUGUCAUCAAGGAUCUUCCCUUAUCGAAAAUUUAAAAACUCCAAAUGAAAGAAUUUAAAAUUAGCACCUUAAAUUUAGGAGACUAUUUUGGAGAAGAAGAUGUUUUAACUGGAAAUAAUAGAAGCUUUUCAGUCCUGUGUAAUUCGCUUUAAGGAGAAGUUGUUUAUAUAUAAGCUGAACAUUUUAUUGAGUUUAUUUACAAGGAUCUAUUUUGUAGGUCAACAAUAGAUUAGAAAGCAAAAAAGAAAGAGUAGCUAUUUUAAAAGAGAGAGAUUAACAUUAAAGGUUCUUUAAAUAAUUAUGGAAAUUUUUUAGUCAAUGAGCAUUUUAACAAAAAUUUGGAUCAAAUUAUAACAGAAUUAGCAAUUCAGCCAUAAGUAAAAACUUAUAAUGAAAUUUAAAAGGAAUAAGUUAUCAAGCAAAUGUAGUCUUUAACUAACAUACAAGGUGCAAGUCCUAGAAGAAACAAGGGUUUGAUUAGAAAUGAAACUUUAGCUGAUAUUGAGGAACUAAGUGAUGAAGCUGUGGCAAAAAUGGUAAAUAAUAACCUAUUCAGUAAAAAGAGAGUUCAAACUGAGUAAAAAAUUGAAGAAAUUCCUGAUGUUCCAGAAAAAUAAAUUUUAACUAUUUAAGACGAAGAUAAUAAAAUUUAAAAUCCUGAUUAAAUACAAAACAGAGUUGAUGAAUUAGUCAGAAUCAACAAAUAAGGUAAAUAAAAUUUUUUAUAUGACUGGAGGAGUAAGAAGAAUAAAGAACCUUCUCACAACCGCACUCCAUCAGAGUAAUAUCAAAAAGAUGCUAUGGAAGAAUAUGGAUCUAAUCCUCCUUCAUAACCUGCUGAAAGAGCAUCCUACCAAAAUAAUUUGAAUAACGAGUAUUACUUGGAUGAUGAUAAUUCUCCAAAGAGAUAAAAUAAAAACUCUAGCAAUAGCCCUUUAUAGAGAGCUAAUACUAAGUUCUUAUUUUCUUAUGCACAAAACUAAAACUCCUCACCUCAUUCUCCUAGAAUAGUAUCAAUGACUGACUUAUUUAGAUUUAAUACUGAAAAUGCAGAUGAUUAAUUUAAAGCCGAAAAACUUCCUUUCCCAUAAAUGAUUGAGAAAAAUCCAUCGUAAUAAAAUACAGGACGUUUAAUUAACAUCAUUCCGACUGUGCAAAAGCCUCUGCAAAAAUAAAAUACCUUAAAUUUAUAGCUUACUGAUAGAUAAAGAUCAUAAGUAAAAUCACAAAAUUAAAAUGACUAAAAUUUCAAUGUAAAUACCUAGAUUUCAGAUUAAGUAGGUUCUUCAUAAAUAACAAAUUAACCUUCUAAUUAAGAACUUUAAUCUGAAAGCAACAUAUACAAAAGACUCUAUAGCAGCAGCCAAUCCCCAUCUAGAAACGAAAAAAUGCCUGAAAGAGACUCUACUAAAAUGAAAAAGAUAAUGGAGUAAAUGGAUGAUAAAUUUCAAGUCCACCAUUCAAACCUAUAAAAUUAAUGUCAAAACUUUUUUACAAAUCCUACAUAAAACAAUAAUUAAGUCUAGCUAAAGAUGAUUAGAUAAAAUUCUUCUAAAUCCCCCGAAUUGAAAAAUGGCUUAUUAUAUGAGCAAUAAGAUGAGCUAUAAUAGCCAGAUAUAAUUUAGUUAAGAAAUUAGAGUUCUUCAGGAAGCUCUAAUUAGCUAUAAUAAAAAGCUACUAAUGUCAGGAUUUAAACCUUUGAGCUUAAGGAUAUUUAAAUAUAAUAGCCAUAGUUAUAAAAAAAGAAUAAUAAUUUAGAUUCUUCUUCUCCUACUUAUAAAUUCAUGGAAUCCCCUUAAUUUACUGGUUAGAAGAGCUCUUAAGACACUGUAAAGCUUUCAUAGAAAAACAGCACUAACUCAAAAUUAGGUCUUUCAAGCUCACCUAGACUAAAAAAUAUCAGUAGUAGUAGUUUUACUAGCAACCUGUUUAACUAGCCCAAUAACAGUAGAAUUAAUAAAAAUAUUUCAUUUGUAGAAAAGAUUCGCAGUAAUGUAAAAGGAAGCUUUUCAAACGAUAAAAAUAACUACUUCAAACAAACUAGCAAUGAUACUCCAAAUUAUUCAGACUAACCCAAUUUAAUUCAAGGAGCAAAGUCAGUGAGUUCAGUUUUUCAUGAUUAUAAGAAUAAUUAAAUUUAACAAAAGAAAUAAACCUUGAAUGAUUUAUACAUAUCCCAGUUUUAGAGACAGCGAAGCAUAGAAGGUAAUGAUGAUGACGAUGAUAAUGAUUAACAAAAAAAUUCAUUAAGUUUAAUAUAAGAAGAUUCAAAUAUUAUUAUUGCAAAAUAAAAUGCGAAUACUUUCAAUUUUAUUAACAGUCCUGUUGAAGAAAACUUAUAAUUAAAGAGUCCAAAUAUGAAUCGUCCUCUUAGCUCUGAAAGAAAAGAAAACUCCGCAUUUUAAAACGGAUAUGACUUUUCUAACAUUUAAGCCAAGACAACAUAAAACUAAGAUUUGUCUAGCAGAAGAUUGCUGUUCUAUAAGACUAAUACAAAUUUUUCUCAUUACAAGCCACAAUUUCCUAGUGUAAAUCGUUAGGCUGCAAUUUAAAAUUAAAAUUUAUCGUAAAAAUUAUUAUCAGAAAGAUAUCAAAAGUUUAAACUCCAACAUAGCUAGAUAAAGAAAUAAAAUCCUUAACAAGCUUAACAAGCGAAUCAAUUAAGCCAAGCUUCAUAAAAUUAAAUAGAAGAUAUUAACAGUAAACCAGUGGUAACAAGUAUAUCUAAUAUUUCCUAAGUUAAUACUUUUGGAAAUAACUUUAGUCAUAAUUUUAUUUCAAACUAAACUGUUGAAAGGCAAAGCCAAAACGAUUCAGUUAAUGAAAAUCUCUUUUAUCAUAGCAACAAAACAUAAAAAAUUAUUACAAAUAAACCAACAGCUAGAUAAGAAAAUUACUCCAGCAAUCAAAAUAUAUUUUAAAAGAGGGCAAAAAGUUAAAAUGUUUUGCCACCAACAACUAGCUAUAAUGACUAUAAACAAAUGCAAAAAGAGCAUCUUGCUUCUCCUUAAGAUCACUUACAAAAGCUCUUAGAUAAAAAAGAAAAAAUGUUUAGAAAACAUUUGUUUUCUUCUCAAGGUGGAUAAAGUCAAAUUUUAUAAUAAACCAACCACGAAAUUAAUAAUCCUUAUUUCAACACUUAUAUUUAGUUAGAUUAUAUGAAUGCCUAUAAAAUUUCUUAAGCAAAACCUAAAACUUAGGUAGGUGGUAAUUUAUCUGCUACAUCAUAAAUUAUUAAAUAUAUCCCUAUGUCUCCUGAUAAAAAAAAAAUUCCAGAUUAUCCUGAAAAAAUUUAAAACCGAAGCGGUACAAGAAGUAACAAUCGCCAAUUAGUAUCUUGA